AUGGAUUCAAAACACCCCUCUCAGGAGGACCCGCCAUCCGGCAUCAACAACACAAUUGAUUCACCAUGCGAAUUGACAGAUUCACUGAAUCUCCUGACGCUGGCGACAGCAAUGACUACCCCGUUGCCCCCAUCGCCGCGUUUACAAGCUUCUUCUCAUCUUCCUAUCCGACCUGCACCAGCUGCUCCUGUACACUCUUCUCAGUCCGUCUCUGUACAAUAUCAGAUACCACCUGCGCCUGCGAUUCCGCCAAUUCCGCCAAUUCCUGUAACUCCUACAAUUCCUGCGACUCCUGCUACGCCGCCAGUCCCAGCGGCUUGUCAAUCCAAGAGCUCAGCGUCGCGCAACGAGCGCCGCAAAUCACUCCCCGCAUUGCAAAAGCGCAAGUCUGCCGCUUCUCUUCGUUCGGUCUCAGGACCUCACAAACCUACUUCACCACUUCCUGAUCCUUUACGCCGCACAUCCCCAACCUCUGGGUCUCCACCGAGCACGGUGUCGCCAGCCAUGUCUGCCGCGCGCCCCAUCCUCCACUCGGCCCCAGAGCCUCUGACCUUGACUCCGGCGAGUGUCGCAGCAGAGCAUUUCGCCCAAGAGCUUACCCUGCAUCAAUCAGGGAGCCUUCCUACCAAGACAGCUGUUGUCAUGCAUGACUCCUGCUAUGGACAUCGUUUCGAGCGCCUUGAAACCAAACAAUCUCACCUAGACAGCAUUGUUGAAAGACCCGAGCGCAUUCGCGCCUGCACUGUUGGUAUCUCCAUGGCAUAUAUUCGCCUCGGCCUUCGAUACGCUGCUGAACAAUUCGCCCCGAACCCACAUCGACCUCUGGACGAGCUGAAUGCUCCCUUCCAGAUCCUCAAAACAGAACGCAAAGUUCUUGUCACCGAUCCCACUGUUAUGAAUGUGCAUGGAACUGCCUGGAUGUCGGAAUUGAAAUGGAUGUCAGAAAUCGCGGAAAACCGCAUGCUUCUCGGGACCAGCGAGGUCGGCCGCCAACGCAUGACAGGAGAUGAUGAUAUAACCACGAGCGGUCCACCUCUGUCUGAGAAUGACCUGUACCUCUGCUCUCAAUCACUCAAUGCCAUUGAAGGAGCACUAGGAGGCGUUUGUGAAGGUGUGGAUGCUGUUUUUAAUCCCGGUCCUGUUGAGCGUGUCUUCGUCUGUAUCCGCCCUCCUGGGCACCAUUGUUCGGCCAGCUUCCCCUCCGGCUUUUGCUGGAUCAACAACGUUCACGUUGGAAUCUCUCACGCGGUUACGACCUACGGGCUGACCCAUGCCGCCAUCCUGGACUUUGAUCUUCACCACGGUGAUGGAUCGCAGGAUAUUACCUUUGAUCACAACUCGAAAAUUCUCAACAAAGAUCAGCAAGCCUGGUACAAGAACUGGGAAUUGAAACACAAGACCAAGUCUCCCGAGCUGUCUGAAUUCGAAAAGCUAUCUCGUUACGAAAAGACCCCAAUCGGCUACUACAGUGUGCACGACAUCAAUUCUUUCCCUUGCGAGGGCGGCGACCGCGACAAGAUCGUCGGUGCGAGUCUGUGCAUCGAUAACGCCCACAAUCAAUCCAUCUGGAACGUCCACUUUGAAAACUGGGAUUCCCCUGACGAGUUCUGGAACCUAUACCACACCAUAUAUCUCGCCUUGUUGGCCAAAGCCCGUUCCUUCCUACGCCACCACACAAAACAGCUCGCCAAUGACCUUGCUCAAAACCCAACAGCAAGUCCACCCAAGGCUGCCAUCUUCAUUUCCGCUGGGUUCGAUGCGAGCGAGUGGGAAGGUCAAGGCAUGCAGCGCCACACCGUCAACGUCCCCACUGAAUUCUACGCCAGAUUCACUGCCGACGUGGUGCGCAUGGCCCAGGAAGAAGACCUCGGCGUCAACGGUCGCGUCAUCAGUGUCCUGGAAGGGGGAUACAGCGACCGCGCCCUAUCAUCCGGCGUCCUCAGUCAUCUCGCCGGCCUGGGCGAGGGAACCGGGCCCGUGUCUGGUCAGCACGGCCCGGCCCCCUCGCCCAGGCCCGCUUACACCUACAACCCAGAGUGGUGGAGCGAGGGAAACCUGGCAGAGAUUGAGGGCGCGAUCAUGCCCAAGAAGGGCCGCCCCAAGGGGGUGACGACGUACCUUGCGCCGACCGAGUCAUUCUCGGCCAAGGUUGUCGGGACGGGACGGGACCGCAAGUCAAGCGGGGAUGUGGAUUUCCAUAUCCCCCCGGUCCCGGAAGUGAGUUGGGCAACCGCCACUUCUGAGCUGUGCAAACAGCUCAUCCCGUCCCGGCAGACCGGUAGCUGCCGCCCCAUCGAACUCACAGGGGCAGCUACCGCGCGCCGUCGUCAGCUGAGCGGGGACGUCACUGUCGCCGAAGCGGGUCGCCAACUACGCACCCGUAAGCCUAAGCCAGAGGCUUCGGCGCCGGUGACCCCCCGCCCAGCAACCCCCGGCCGUGGUCGUAGAACACCCAAGACUACGAUCGCGGCCACCACCAUCCCAAACGCAGCCGCCACCGAGUCCCCCUCGGUGGGUGCGACCCGCCGCAAGGGUCGCCCUGCCACCCCGCGCCGGGUGAGCCCGCUUCAGCGGCCCCCGGUGCCCAAGGUUCCCACCAUGGAGCCGGGUGUGCAGCGGCUGCGUUUGACGAUGCCCGAUCCGGGCAGGGGACGCAAGUCCUCUGGUGGUUUGGGGUCGGAUGAUGGGGUGCGCUCGGGGCGCGUGUCAAAGUCCCCGCGGGGCAUGAAGAAGCCCCGCGGGGCUUGA